CAUGGCGCCGUGGUCGCCGCUCUCCCAGCCGCUGAAAGUGGCCGCCUCUCUGCUGCUGCCGACUCGGCGCCUCAGUCCCGCUCCCUCUGCUCGCACCCGCCAUUUUGGAGACAGAGCGCUGAGAGUCGGCAGCAACGGAGACGGAGAGAGGAGAACGGGCAACACACGGCGGCCGGGGUGGGGGGACGAAGUCCCGCAAUUUUAUGAAAUCUGCACCUCGGAACUGGAAAUGAUAAAGUCCCAUUUUCCCAAGUGAGUGCCCAGCUGGGCCCAGGACACUUUCUGUCUCCCUAUGGCCUCAGAGCAGGAUGGCGUGGUCUCUGCCUGCUCAAAGCUGGCCAAACCGCUCCACCUGCAGUACCUGGAGCGCUCCCUUAGGUUGGACACCUUCCUCCGCCAGACCUCUGCCAUAUUUAAUCAAGACAUAUCCAGUGAUGACAGUGAUGAUGGUUUGGGUGAGGGGCCUUCUCUGGCCCCCUCCAACCCUCAUGCCCCCUUGCUAGCAGUGAAGAAUGAGCCUCUUGACUCUGAGGAUGGAACAAAGGGGUCUGGGGCAGCAGGAGGGGCAGAGUGUGGUACUCUCAAUGGAGUCCUGCUUCAGGAGCACAAGGCUGACAAAUCCUCUCUGUAUAACUUCUCCAAGCUGAGGAAGAGCCGGAAGUGGCUGAAGGGUAUUUUGUUAAGUGACGACACUACAGAUUCGGACACUGACUCAGACGACUCAGAUUUCUCGAUGACCCGGGAGGAGCUACACGACAUGCUGCGAUUGCACAAGUUUACCAGGCUACACCAGAGCAAGUUUCAGACUGACCGGGAGCUGCAGCAGUAUCAGUACUACAGCACAGGCCUUCUGUCCUCCCAAGACCCUUUCUAUGAGCAACAGCGCCACCUACUGGGACCCAAGAAAAAGAAGAUUAAGGAGGAGAAGAAAUUUAAGGCAAAGUUAAAGAAGAUGAAAAAGAAAAAGAAACGGAGUGAAGAUCUCUCCAUGGAGGGAAGGCCAUAUGUCACCAAAGUAUUUGCCAAGUUCUCCCAUGAUGCUCCGCCCCCCAUGACAAAGAAAAAGCACUUAACGGUCGAGCAGUUGAAUGCUCGUAGGCGAAAAGUCUGGCUUACCAUUGCUAAGAAAGAAAACCCGAAGGCUUUUAAACAGAAAGCAUCUGCAAAGAACUUUGUUUUAACCAAUGCCAAAAAGCUGGCUCAUCAAUGUAUGCGUGAGGUGCGCAGGGCUGCGAUCCAGGCUCAGAAGAACUGCAAGGAAACACUGCCGCGUGCACGUCGCCUCACUAAAGAAAUGUUGCUCUACUGGAAGAAGUACGAGAAGGUGGAGAAAGAGCACCGCAAGCGUGCAGAGAAAGAAGCGCUAGAACAGCGCAAACUAGACGAGGAGAUGAGAGAGGCCAAGAGACAGCAGAGGAAGCUGAACUUCCUCAUCACACAGACCGAGCUGUAUGCCCACUUUAUGGGAGGCAAGCAGAAUGCUGCAGGAGGAGACAGCACUCAGGAGGAGAUUCUCCGGAAGCUGGAUGAGAACACAGCGCACCGUCAGAUAGACAUCGGUGGUGGAGUGAUGGUCAAUGUGGGUCAAGAGGAUUAUGACAGUGAAUACUACAAAUCUCAAGCCCUACGGAAUGCCAAAGAAGCCUAUCAUAUUCACCAAGCUACGACAAGGCAGUUUGACGAGGAGGCGAAGGACAGCCGCUGUGCCUCUCUGCAUGUGGCCAGUGUGUCAGGCUCUGGUUUUGGGGAGAGCUACAGCCUGUCCAACCCUUCCAUCCAGGCUGGCGAGGACAUCCCUCAGCCAACCAUUUUCAACGGCAAGCUCAAGGGCUACCAGCUGAAAGGCAUGAACUGGCUGGCCAACCUCUACGAACAAGGCAUCAAUGGCAUCCUGGCGGAUGAAAUGGGGCUGGGCAAAACGGUCCAGAGCAUCGCCCUUCUCGCCCACCUGGCAGAGAGAGACAACAUUUGGGGACCCUUCUUGAUCAUCUCCCCAGCCUCCACACUCAACAACUGGCACCAAGAGUUCACCCGCUUUGUGCCUAAAUUCAAGGUGCUGCCAUACUGGGGGAACCCCCACGACCGCAAAGUGAUUCGAAAGUUUUGGAGCCAAAAAACCCUGUACACCCAGAAUGCUCCCUUCCAUGUUGUAAUCACCAGUUAUCAGCUGGUGGUGCAGGACGUGAAGUACUUCCAGCGAGUGAAGUGGCAGUACAUGGUUUUGGAUGAGGCUCAGGCGCUGAAGAGCAGCACCAGUGUGCGGUGGAAGAUCCUUCUUCAGUUCCAGUGCCGGAACCGGCUGCUACUAACAGGAACACCCAUCCAGAACACGAUGGCCGAGUUGUGGGCCUUGCUGCACUUCAUCAUGCCUACUCUGUUUGACUCUCAUGAGGAGUUUAACGAGUGGUUCUCCAAAGACAUAGAAAGCCAUGCUGAGAACAAAUCUGCCAUUGAUGAAAAUCAGCUCUCAAGAUUGCACAUGAUUUUGAAGCCUUUCAUGCUUCGCCGGAUAAAGAAGGAUGUGGAGAACGAGCUCUCAGAUAAGAUUGAGAUCUUGACAUAUUGCCAGCUGACGAGCAGGCAGAGGCUACUGUACCAGGCCCUGAAGAACAAGAUCUCCAUUGAGGACCUGCUGCAGUCGUCUAUGGGCACAGCCCAGCAAGCCCACAGCACCACCAGCAGCCUCAUGAACCUUGUCAUGCAGUUCAGAAAGGUGUGUAACCAUCCAGACCUGUUUGAACGUCAGGAGACGCGCUCACCUUUUCACAUGUCAUUGAAGCCCUUCAUCAUGUCCAAGUUUCUCUUCCGUGAGGGUCUUCUUAAUACAUGCAGCCAGGCGAGGACAAGGUUGUUACAGGUCCUGUUCUCUCCUUUCUCUCCUCAACACAUCCAGCAGUCCUUAUUUCACAGGCAAAGUGAUGAUGAAGGCAGCUGCUUUUCUUUUCUCCGGUUCAUUGACGUGUCACCAUCGGAGAUGUCCAAUGUCAUGCUGCAGGGCACACUGACCAGAUGGCUAGCACUUUAUCUCUCCUUUAAGUCUGCCCACCGGCUCCAUCAUCAGCGGCUGUGGAGUGGUGGAGAGAUGGAGGGAGGUCAGGGUACUGCCGAGAGGAGCUCUGGAGCUCAUUGCCUUUCUAACAGAGACCUCGUCCUGUGGCUAGACAGGCCAACGUCAUUCCCCAACAGGCACACCAGCACCGUCCUGCAGGACCUGGUCUUCGUGGCUCAGCAUCCGUGGCCCUUUGCCCACGCAGACGUAAUUGUCCACAGUAGACGUUCUUCCUCCACUCCCUCCCUCAGACCCUGCCAACCCACCCAGCUGCCCAAGUUCUUGCUCACAGCAACACCAAAGGUGACAGCAAUUCCUACAGAGCGAUACUGUCCAGAUCGGAGCGCUGAGUAUGAGUGGCGGCAAGUCCGGGACGGUGGGAGUUUGGCUGCUAAGCAGUGCUUCCUGUAUGGCUCGCCAGAGCUGGCUUACGCCUGGGCUGCCCGCUCCCACUCUUUCCACCCUCACAGCCCUGGGGGCAUGAUGGCCCUCCAGCCCAGACAUGGCUGGUCCUUCAUCAGGAUACCAGACAAAGAAAGCCUGAUCACGGACAGCGGAAAGCUUCACACUCUGGACCUGCUGCUGACUCGACUGAAGUCUCAGGGCCAUCGUGUCCUCAUUUACUCUCAGAUGACCCGCAUGAUUGACCUGCUGGAGGAGUACAUGGUGUACAGGAAGCAUACCUACAUGCGACUGGACGGUUCAUCCAAGAUCUCGGAGCGACGAGACAUGGUGGCAGACUUCCAGAGCCGGACAGAUAUAUUUGUCUUCCUCCUCAGUACGAGAGCUGGGGGCCUCGGCAUUAACCUGACUGCUGCAGACACGGUAAUUUUCUAUGACAGUGACUGGAACCCUACAGUAGAUCAGCAGGCUAUGGACAGAGCUCACAGGCUGGGACAGACCAAGCAGGUCACUGUUUACCGCCUCAUCUGUAAGGGCAGUAUAGAGGAGCGCAUCUUACAGAGGGCCAAGGAGAAGAGUGAGAUUCAGAGGAUGGUGAUCUCGGGUGGAAAUUUCAAACCCGAUACCCUUAAGCCUAAAGAGGUGGUCAGCCUGCUGCUGGAUGAUGAGGAGCUGGAGAAAAAGCUGCGCUUAAGGCAGGAAGAGAAGAGACAGCAGGAAGAGAGCAGCAAGGUGAAGGACCGCAAGAGGAAGAGGGAGAAAUAUGCAGAGAAGAGGAAAAAGGAGGAUGACUUGGAGGGGAAGAAGAAGAAAGAAGGUGUGAACUUGGUCAUUCCAUAUGCACCCUCAGCAGACAACUCCAACCUCUCAGCAGAUGGAGAGGACUCCUUCAUCAGUGUGGACAUGGACUCUGCCAUGCCCAGCCCUUUUAGUGAGAUUUCUCUGAGCAGUGAGCUGCAGCCUGGCUCGCUGCCAGCUGAUGAGAGCAGCAGUGACAUGCUGGUGAUUGUGGACGAGCCCGUGUCUUCUGCCCCACAGUCCCGUGCAACCAACUCCCCUGCCUCCGGCACCGGCUCUGUAUCUGACAACCUGAACGGUGUCUCUUCUCAAGACACGUCUAGUCCGGGCAGAGGAAGGUCCGGUAGGAGCCGAGGUCGUCCCAAAGGCUCUGGAGGGGCUGGGAAGUGCUCCGGCAGGAAGGGUCGAGGAAGGAAGUCGACAGCAGGCAGCGCAGCAGCCAUGGCCGGGGCAAUGGCAGGAGCAGCAGCUGCCUCUGCUGCCGCAUACGCUGCUUACGGUUACAGUGUUUCCAAAGGUAUUCCUGCUUCCAGCCAAUUGCAGCCUGCGCUGGCUCGCUCUUCAGCCACGCCUGCUUUCGUCCCCGUGGGCACCUCCUCCCCGCAGGCUAAGGCCAGCGCUAUGGGCCCUGGAUCUCAGAUGCAAGCACACGGCAGCUCCCACAUUCAUCACAACCCUUCCAAGAGAGGCAAAGGACCCAGCAGCGGUCAUGGUGGGCGGUAGCAGUGUGUGUAGGGUUUGUGGAAGGCUGAUGUGUAAUUCUAGACCGGCCAGUAAUUUCAGUCUCGGGGCUGAUCCCUCCUCAUGUUUCUGAUGAUGUCGACCCACCACAAAACAUUUCACCAGCCCCAGCCCCAGCUCCGCCGUCACUGUGAACCCGUGCUUCAUUCCCCUGUAAUUUAGCAGUGAAGUGAUCUUAACCCUCAAUCAGAGCGGAGCAUUCUGGGAGGUCUGGGGAUGAAUGAUGGAUGAUGGAGGGGGAUAAGAAGUUUAGUUCUUCCACUGAAAUUUGGUUUGUGAAGGAUGGAAUAUUUUUUAUUAACAUGAAAGAGAAGAAAGGAAAGCUGUGGAACAUGAAAUCUUUAGGUUUAGUUGGUAAAGUUGUAUAAUAAUAUAUGGCAUUAUGCACUGAGCAAAGGGCUGCAUAACUUAAUCUACAGUUUCCAGAUAAAAGUAAAAUUACAUUCUCUCCCAUUCAAUCUGAGCUAUAGCUUCUUGUAAAGAACCACAUGUGCCGAUAUGUUUGGUAUGGAAAGGACAGGAGAACCUCAUAAUGUUUCUCAUUUGCACUGGUUGAUCAGACACCAGUUUACACUGAUUUUCAAGCAUGUAUCAAUCUGGUUUCUUAUAACAGAACAUAAGAACAGAGUGGGGAUCAGCAGGGUAAAGCUUUAGUUUACUUCACACCCAUGGACAACAAUCAGUCAAAACAAACACAACUUUAUUCCAACAGAACAUUACAAAUGACUAUUUAUCUAUUUUUUUCCGGUGAUCAAGAGUCAUAAACUUCAUUGCAGUACGAAGGUCAACCAUUUCCAAUGCCAAACAGCCUUCUCUUUUUACAGUUAUUUGCAGCAAAUUACAUUUUGGCUUUAAAUACUAAUAUAUAUUUUGUUCAGGAAGGAGAAAAAGAAUUCCAGGUAAUUUGUAAUUGUAGGGGAGUGAAAUGUGUAAACGCUGCAUAAAAAUGUCACCACUCCGCUUGAUCAAUGCUGACUUCAUAUUCUUUGAUGGAUGUAAAAUGUAUCAUAGCUUAAGUUAAAAGUUGGUAAUUUAUGAAGAUUUGUGCUAACUGUAAAUUGUAUGGAAGCCAUUUAUUUUUAAAAGAUAAAUGUGUUGGAAGUUCAUCAUUUUUGUGGCACCAGUGGUUUUGAGAUUUAUUUUGUCUUAUAUGUAUUAAUAUUGUCCAGCAUUGUAAAUACUGCAGUGGAUAUUGCUCCUGUGCAAAGUUAUUCCCAUAUUUCCCAUAUUGCUUCUCUAUUUUUAUAGGUCACUGUGUACAUACCAGAGAGAGACAAAGUGGUCAUUUUACUAACUUGGAGUACAUCCAAAAUAAUAAAAACACCUAAAUGAUUUCA